CAUUUAUGCCCACUGAUCCCAAAUGGGAACAAGUCAUUAUUAUUGUUGUGGUUCCAAUAAUACUAAUAGGGAGGGAAAUUUUAUGAAUCAGAUAUGUUGUGUUGGCAUUACUGCAGACACCCACCAUUUUUCAGCAUUAUUGCAUCAGUUUGUGAUGAGUACAAGCACGUCGAAGUUCAUUACUUUUGUCGCGUCAUGGCAUCAAAUGAAAAUCUCUCAUUAUUCGAAAUUGAGGAAAUUUUGGCACAAGAUGAUUUCCUGGAUGCACAUAUCACACUCAUUCCUCCCGAGGAUAUUCUCUCAGAAGGUGACAGUGGUGAAGAAGAUGAAGUAGAUAUUGACCGCUUGUCAAAAAAGCAACUUCUAUCCCACGCUGAAGCUUCAAUGAGGAGAGUCACAGAAGAAGGUAUUAGAACUGAAAUCAUCUCUUCUGAACCACAACCUGCUCUAGAAGACUUAAUCUCUCCAAAAUUACAGGCUAAUCUGUCUCAAAACUUAGUGGCUGGACCUUCUCGAGAUUCUCAAGCUAGACCUUCUCGAAAUUCCCAGGCUGAACCUUCUCGAAAUCCCCAGGCUGGACCUUCUCGAAAUUCCCAGGCUGGACCUUCUCAAAAUCCCCAGGCUAGACCUUCUCGAAAUCCUCAGGCUGGACCUUCUACAACUAGCAGGGAUUCAUCACAGUCAACAGGUGGAACAGCUGGUACUUCAGUGAAGAUGAAAAAAACCUAUCAUUGGGUUGAGAAGGAUAUCAAAGCUUUUCAAGAGAAAGAAUAUGAAUUGCCAAGCUGGUUACAAGAGUCAGAUGGUGAACCGGUUGAAUUAUUUGAACUCUUUUAUGAUGAUGAAGUUGUAAAUCAUAUCUGUGACUUUACUAAUCUGUACGCCCUUCAAAACGGUGAGGUAAAUUUGAAUUUUGGUCCUGAAGAGUGUAGAGUUUUCAUUGCAAUUUUAUUAGUAAGUGGUUAUUGUCAGGUAUCAAGGAGGCGUAUGUAUUGGGAACAAAGUCCUGAUGCCCAUAACAAUGCCAUUAGUGAGGCCAUGUCACGGAACAGAUUUUCCCAAAUAAUGCGUUAUCUCCAUGUAUGUGAUAACAACAAAUUGGAUAAGAGUGAUCGUUUUUCUAAAAUUUCACCCUUGUGGAAAAUGCUGAAUGAGAGGUGGCUUCAAUAUUUCAUUGGUGAAACAAAUUUAUCUGUUGAUGAAUCAAUGAUUCCGUAUUUUGGGAGGCAUGGAGCUAAACAGCACAUGCAUGGUAAACCAAUACGGUUUGGUUAUAAGUGCUGGAGCCUCUGCACUCGGUUGGGCUAUUUGAUACAAGGUAAUCUUUACCAGGGUGCUAAAACUGGGAAUACAAUCCCAGAGCUUGGGGUUGGAGGAUCUGUUGUUAUGGAUUUGAUUGAUAAACUACCGGCAAAAAGCUACAAUUUGUUCUUCGAUAAUUUUUUCAGUAGUAUAAAACUUGUGGAGGCUCUGAAAAAUAAAGGGGUGAAGAGCACUGGAACAAUCAGGUCCAAUAGGGUAGAGAGGGCUCCAAUAAUUGAUGCAAAAAUAUUACGCAAAAAAAGUAGGGGAUCAAUGCAUCAGUUGACGGACGAAAGCUCUGGUAUUACAUUGGUCCAAUACCAUGAUAAUAAUAUUGUAAAUUUCAUUUCUUCCCAAGCAGGUAUUGAGCCAAAGGGGAAAGUAAAACGCUACAGUCAGGCAUUGAAAAAGUUCAUUCACAUUGAUCAACCUGCUUGUUGUGACCUGUACAAUACGUACAUGGGCGGGGUUGAUAGGCUAGAUGAAAACAUUUCAAAAAUGAGGAUAAACAUCAGAAGCAAUAAAUGGUACUGGCAGCUUUUUAGUUUCCCACUCAAUGCCUCCAUGAACAAUGCUUGGCAAUUGCAUAGGUGGGUUAGAAAGAACAAACCUGAACAACUUGACCUCCUUGCUUUCACACGACAGAUAUGUAUGUCAUAUCUACAGAAAUAUUCAAAAAGAUUGGCUCUGGGUAGGCCUUCACGCAUAGUGCAAGCUUUAGGAGCAGUAGAUAAGAGGGUGACGGAUCAUGUACGAUAUGAUGGUCUGAAUCAUCACAUUGUUCCAAAUGAGAGACAGUCAAGAUGUGCACAAUGCAAGAAGAAUGCCCGCGUGAAAUGUAAUAAAUGUAAUGUAGCACUUCAUAAUCAUUGCUCUAUGAUUUUCCAUUCAAAAUGAAGAGAUAGCCUGUACUGAUGAGCCUAUGCAUUUAUUAUCAUUUUCUAUUUUCAUCAUAAUGCUAUAUUGUUUGCUAUAAUUAUUUUGAUUAUUAUCUAUCAUUAUCCAUUAUUAUCUAUCAUUAUCUAUUAUUAUCUCUUGAUUGUUUAUUGAAGAUUAUUAUUAUUCAAAUUGAUGAUUUAUAUUGUAAUCUAUAUUAUAUCCAUUUUUUGUAAUUCAUAUUUCUCACACACUGUUAUAAUCAAUAAAUAUUCCAAUAAACAAUCAUAAUGUGAGUGUACAAGUGCUUUUUAACCUACUCUCCAAUCAUAUUUGGAAUGUGUGUACUCUAUAACUUCACCACCCCUUUCGUGCCCACUGUUCCCAAAUGGGAACAUCGAUUUUCCAGGUCCCUGAGAACUUUUUGUGAUAAAAAUUAAUGAAAUGGCAUUUAUUAGGCAUAAACCAAGUUAUAUUCAUGGAAAAUACAUGAUUUUGAAAGGAAAAAAUAAUUUGGGCACAAA